AUGACAAGAUCUCCUGUUGUUGUUGAUUUCUUAUACUUUCUUUCGGUAUUGUUUGUUUCAUCGGUGAUUGGAAUAUCUCUUGAAUCACUUAACGAUCAAAGAAAGGUGUACAUUGUUUAUAUGGGGAGUCUUCCUGAAGGAGAAUAUUUAGCUCGUGACCAUCAUAUUAGCAUGAUGCAAGCAUUAGGCCAUAACAAGAUUAUGGCCGAUGAGAAACUGAUAAGAAGCUAUACAAGGAGUUUUAAUGGUUUUGCUGCCAAUCUUAAUAAAAAGGAAUUAUCAAUACUUAGAGUCAUGCGAGGAAUUGUCUCAGUCUUUCCAAGUCAACAAUUUCAAGCACAGACCACACGAUCUUGGGAUUACAUUGGUAUGUCCUUAAAGGAUGUUUCGCAAAAUCCAAAUGUUGAAAGUGACAUCAUAAUUGGGCAUCUUGAUGCCGGUGUACGACCCGAGUCACACAGUUUCUCCGACCAUGGUUUAGGCCCAAUUCCCACAAAAUGGAAAGGUGCUUGUCUUGGAGGAAAAAACUUCACCUGCAACAAAAAGCUAAUUGGAGCAAGGUUCUAUGAAUUACUUGAUACCUCCGCAAAUGAUUUAACUAUUGGUCAUGGGACUCACACGGCCUCUACAGCAGCUGGAAGGGCAAUAAAAAAUUCCAAUUUCUUUGGUAUAGCAAAUGGAACCGUUAGAGGAGGCGUCCCAUCAACAAGGCUAGCUGUGUACAAAGUGUGUAAUAGUUUCUGUGACGGCCAUAACAUAUUGGCCGGUUUUGAUGACGCCAUUGCUGACAACGUCGACAUUAUUACUAUAUCAAUUAGCUAUAAUUCUAUACAAAACAUAAGUGAUAAUGUUAUUUCUAUUGGCUCAUUUCAUGCUAUGGAAAAAGACAUUUUAACAGUAAAUGCAGCAGGAAAUCUUGGAAGUUCAGGAUUUGGAUCAACAGCUAGCAUUGAACCAUGGAUAUUCACAAUUGGAGCUAGCGCAGACAGAACAAUCAACAACAAGUUUAUCCUUGGAAAUGGUCGCACGCUAAUGAGCAAUGCUGUGAAUGGUUUUGAUAUGAGCACCGACAAAAAAUUAGUAUAUGGAAGAAGUGUUAGCAGUCGUUGUAAUGAAUCAUUUUCAACGCAAUGCACGCUUGAUUGCAUAGAUCCUCAUCUAGUAAAUGGAAACAUCCUAGUAUGUGAUAUUGUUAUUACUACUAGCUCAGAUAUUUUUGUAACAGCACAAAGUGUUGGUGCGAGUGGUGUUGUUGUUCGAGAGGGUGAAGAUUUAAUUAUAUAUGGUCCUAAGAUUGUUCCUAUGCCAACCGCGAUAUUGAAAAACUCUGAUUUUCAAUAUGUUAAAUCUUACCUCAAGUCCAAAAUAGUGAAUUCCGCACGCAUAAUCAAGAGUGAAAUUGUUUUGAAUCAUGCUCCUGUAGUACCCUCUUUUUCCAGUAAAGGACCCAAUACAAUUUUUCCACAAAUAUUUAAGCCUGAUAUAAGUGCGCCUGGGGUAAAUAUCUUGGCGGCAAACCUUCGAGAGAAGAGCCCUUCGGAGUAUGCAUCAAAUUCUAAAACAUUCCAUAGUAGUUACACCUUCAUGACUGGAACUUCUAUGGCAUGUCCACAUGUUGCUGGUGCAGUUGCCUAUGUAAAAUCAAAACAUCUUGAUUGGUCAGCUUCCGCUAUUAAAUCUUCUCUUAUGACUACGGCUCGAAACAUGAAUUUCCAUUACAAUAUAGAUGAUGAACUUGGUCACGGAGCAGGAUACAUAGAUCCAAUGAAAGCUAUACAUCCCGGACUCGUGUACGAGACAUCGAAAGAAGACUAUUUUAAAAUGUUCUGUGGUUUAGGUCCUGAAGGAGUUAAGUUGAGAAAGAUAUUCAGAAGAAAAAAGAAGUGUAUGAAAGGGAUCGAAACGUCUCCAAAAGAUCUGAAUUAUCCAGCAAUGACAUCCUCGGUGCAUAAGAACUCAAAUUUUACUAUUAGUUUCUUCCGAACUGUGACAAACGUUGGACAUGCUAAUUCUACGUAUAAUGCACAAGUUAGUACAGGGGAUAACAUGGUCUAUAUCAAUGUGGUGCCAAACGUUCUCUCUUUUGUAAAUUUGAAGGAGAAAAAAUCUUUUCUGGUAAUUGUUACUGGAAAUUGGUUAAAUCAAGAUCAUGUUUCUUGUUCUUUAAUCUGGUUUGACGGUACGCACAAGAUAGAGUUGAAUCUCGCAAUGAAGUACGAGGAGGAUCUUGAUCUUCUAAAUAUCUCGCACAUAAGUUAA